AUGUAUUCUGGCAAGGAAAUAAGGAUUCUCACGCUCUUGUUCAUCGACACGUUGUUCUUUUUCCUGGAGAUCGUGGUUGGAUAUGCGGUUCAUUCCUUGGCGUUAAUCGCGGACUCCUUUCAUAUGCUAAACGACAUCUUCUCCCUGAUUAUUGCGCUAUGGGCUGUCAACGUGUCAAAGAACCGGGGGGCCGACGCCUCGUACACCUACGGAUGGAAGAGAGCUGAGAUUCUUGGUGCUCUGGUUAAUGCUGUUUUCUUGAUUGCGCUUUGUGUGUCCAUCCUUAUUGAGGCCAUUCAACGCUUUUUCCAGCCCCAAGAAAUCGAGAACCCUAAGCUUGUGCUGAUUGUGGGUUGUUUGGGUCUCGCAUCCAACUUCAUCGGUCUCGUUUUGUUCCAUGAACAUGGCCACUCGCACGGUCACUCGCACUCAUUAGGAGAACCUGAGUCACUGGACGCCGACCAUGAGUCUGGACACAGCCACUCGCACGCCACCCAUUCUCCGGGCGAAUCUUCCCAGAAUAUUGGGGAGAUGCUGCCUUCCACGGUUGUUGAAUCUUACAGUCGUGAAGCUUCUCCUCUUCUAGGUAACAAAGACAGCAACGGUAAUGCACAAGUGGACCAUGACCACAAAAAGAGCCAAAAAUCUCUAAACAUGCACGGUGUGUUCUUGCAUGUUCUUGGCGACGCCUUGGGCAACGUCGGGGUUAUUGCAACUGCACUGUUUAUUUGGAAAACCCAAUAUUCCUGGAGGUUCUACACAGACCCUGCGGUUUCAUUGUUAAUCACCGUUAUAAUCUUCUCUUCAGCUCUACCGCUAUCUUUCAAAGCUUCGCGAAUCUUGUUACAGGCGACGCCAAGCUCGGUUUCCGCUGACGAGGUAAAGCAGGAGAUAAUGGAAAUUCCAGGAGUUGUGUCUGUCCAUGACUUUCAUAUCUGGAACUUGACUGAGUCGCUGUCCAUCGCUUCAAUCCACGUUGAGAUAGAGUCCACCCCAGACGAGUUCAUCAAUGUUGCUAGUUUGAUAAGAAGCAUUUUCCAUCGUCACAACAUUCAUUCUGCCACAGUCCAACCGGAGUUCGUGUCAGGAAAUGUUAGUGACGACACAUAUAAAAGAUUCUCAAGAAUUGCUGGUGGCGGAGUGUACGGUUCGUCCUCCUUGUCAUUGAGGAACGAUGCGCUUGACAGGGGAAACGCUGCCUACGGAGCUACUUCGAGCGAAGCUCGUUGUAUUUUCGAUGAAGCCGCCAACUGUAACACCGACAACUGUUUACCUUCCGAGAACUAA